AGAUUGCCUGAAUGAGGCCUCUGUUGGCGGUUCGGUUGAGGUGAGAAGCAAUCCGACCCAACAGAACCAAGCGGUAUCAUAAUUCAUAACGGGAAAUGUGUUAUAUAUAAAGCAGCAGUGUCAGAUUCUGUAAAUGAGCACAUAGUUAUCAUAUUUGAAGUAGGCUCUUGGAAACGACGGGUUAAGAGAAACUGUAUUUUUGAUCGAGCCAUUUAGAAAAGAGGUGAUGCUGCAAUGUAUAUUGUGAGAAAAUUAAAGUGUUUUUUGACCUUGGAAGCAUGUAAAGCUUUUGUAGGAGACCUUAAAAAAGUGGAACCUUUAAAAUAGCAUAAUAGGGGCACUUUAAGGGUCUUUAUAGCUCAUACACUGCUAAACAAGGCCUGGGCUGCACCCUCCUUCAUGUCUUUAGUAGAUGUCAUGUGGGUUGGGAUUUUUUUUUUUUUUUUUUUGGUAAAUCUUUUAGAUCUAUUGCUCUAUUAGCUCAUCUGUGCUACUAACACAGGCGGCCCAAUGUAACAGCAGCAUGAAUAUGUGUGUGGUUUUAGGAUAUGCCGUCCAUUUUUAAUUAAGACCGGUCAUACUAAUCUGGUCACUCUCUGUUCUUAAAUUAUGGAAAAUCCCCCAGCACUCCCCUCUUCAUUACAAUAACACUAUGAACCAGCCCAAAGUGAUGAGCAAAGUCUGAAGUCUGCUACUUCACAACAUUUACUCUUCCAUUGACGCAAAAAUGAUUUUUGAUUUAAAUACUGAUUUGUGAACAGAACUAUCUGAUUCUGAAUUUUUUUUUUUUUUUACAAAAAAAGGAACUUUUCUUGAAACGAAUUUCUUGAAGGUAGAUCAGUGAACAGGUCAACAUUUUUUUUUUAGUUGGUAUGUCAAAUCAGUACUGAGAUUUUCAAAGAUUUUUCCAUCAUGUUCACAGAGACACUAUGAGCAAUAUGAUGGUUUUGUCGUCCUGCACGGCACAGACACCAUGGCUUACACCGCUUCUGCCUUAUCCUUCAUGUGUGAGAAUCUGGGAAAGCCUGUCAUCUUCACUGGCUCACAGGUGCCCAUCUAUGAGAUGAGGAAUGAUGGGAGAGAGAACCUCUUGGGGGCGCUGUUGAUAGCAGGACAGUAUGUCAUCCCUGAGGUUUGCCUGUAUUUUCAUCAUAAGCUGUUCAGGGGCAAUCGUGUCACCAAAGUGGACCCUGGGAGCUUUAACGCGUUUACCUCUCCAAACCUGCCGCCAUUAGCACAAUGCAAUGUCGACAUCAAAAUUAACUGGGACAUUGUGUGGCGAGCCAAUACAACUGCCAGAUUCACUGUCAACACACAACUAAACCGUAAUGUGGGUCUCCUGCGACUCUUCCCAGGAAUCACUGCUGAUAAAGUCAAGGCCUUCUUGCAGCCUCCUAUGGCUGGGAUCGUAUUGGAGACCUACGGCAGCGGUAACGCCCCUGACGAUGACACCGAGCUGCUGGAUGAGAUCCGUAAAGCGACAGAGAGAGGUCUCAUCAUGAUCAACUGCACCCAGUGCCUCCGGGGCACGGUCACAACCUCAUACGCCACUGGCCAGGCUCUGAGUGAUGCCGGUUUGGUCGCUGGGUUUGAUAUGACCACAGAAGCCGCUCUUUCAAAACUCUCCUAUGUGCUGGAAAAAGAUCUCAGUCUAGAAGAGAAGAAGAAGAUGCUGUGUCGUAACCUGCGAGGUGAGAUGACCGCUGAUCUGGACGGAGCAAAGCUUUCUCUCCGCGACAGUCGCUUUAUUCAGAUCUUGGCCAAGUCCCUCAACGUUAGCUGUAACGAGCAUUCACAGGAGCUUGACGCCAUACGAGAUGCACUAACUCCCACUCUGGUCUGCGGUGCUGCUAAGAUCGGAGACACUGACACUUUAAAGGCCAUAAGGGAAAUGGGCUCUGACUUGAACAUGGCAGACUAUGAUGGCCGCUCUCCUCUCCACGUCGCUGCAUGUGAGGGGCAUCUGAAUGUGGUGGAGUAUCUGCUAAAUGAAGGGGCUGAUGUCGAUGCCAAAGAUCGCUUUGGUGAUACACCACUUCACAAUGCUGAACGCUUCAGGCAUGAGGACGUUGUAGAAUUGCUAAGGAGGAAUGGAGCUCAUUUUUCCCAGGAUGACAUGGUUGAUGCUGGAAGCAGCCACUAGACGUGAGGAGGAUGAGUUCUUAAAACAGGCGGCUCAGUACCAAACAGUCUUGCUUUCAGACCCCGAAUAUUCCAGGAGAGAACUUUGAAUUCUGAUGCUGAACUAGAAGACGUCUGAAGACCCUCAAGCUUGUGCCAGGCUGCGGCCUUGACUUUCCAUCCACCAAAGAUCCUCUGACUCCAACUAAUUCUCUCUCAUCAAGACAACAUCAGCAAAGAUCAACGGGAGCCUCCACAAACUGCAUCAGGACAGUUUAUUUCAAAUGGGCGAGACAUGCAAGUAUCAAACUUAGUCUCAUUAUUUGAUACAUUAAAGGUACACUAUGUAAGUUUUCGCCACCAGAGGUCACAUUUUCAAAACAAUUACAAAGGUGAGGCUUGAUGAUGCUAUGAAGGAGAGAUUUCACCAUACAGAGAAGUAUGAAAUUCACAAAUCAUGUUCACGGAUGAAGUAAUGAAUUGUUUUUGUAUUACCUGUAUGUUUGAUCACACUAUUUUAUGUCAUCGUAAUAAAUUCACUGCAAGGAAUGUGAAAUUUAAUGCUAUAUUGCUCUGUUACUGAUAUGUGACUAUUUGGCAAAUGAUUUGGUUGGUUAAUAAUAAAUAAUGCAUAUUAAUAUAUAUAAUAA